AUGGCCAAAUUGUUGAUUCAAGAUGGCGAAACUCCACCGGGCACCGAAGAACGAGUGUUCACACGCUGGCUGGUCGACCUCCUGGAGGACACCUCAGCUAAGAACAAGAACAACAUGAACAGGAUGAACAACGUGAACAUGGUGAACAUCACGCCAAAUAUGUACAGUAUGUUACGAGAUGUUCGCGCGUUGGAUUGUUUGGUGUCGAAGUUAUCCGGUACAGAUAUCGUUAAUCUUGAGACAUUUUCUGUAACACCAAAACAAAUACUUGAAAUUGUUACGAAACUCUUGUUUGGUGCUAUUGAGAAUGUUAACUCCAUGCCAUUUUUACGAAACGAAUCAGUGGAAAUAAUUUAUAAAAAGUACUAA